UUCGCGUAGCCUGGCCGCGAGCUGCGUCUGAACGGAGGCGAAGAUCGUGUCCCGACUUAACCAGAACCGCGUGAAAUGUUCGUCUGCGAAGCUUAAUCGUGCCCGAUCGACGAAACGGAUGAUCUUUCCCGUCUUUAUCCGCAAAGAGCUGCUGUCUCGUGAACACAAGUGCUGCUGGUCCCAACGGUCGAUCCCCUCCGUUCGCCAGCCUUCUUGACUCAUUUUUGUGAUCCGGUCACCGAAAACUUCCAUCAUUCCGUCAAUAACCGAGUGCCGACCCGCAGGGUGGCAAUUUUUCGAUAAGGGAUCUAUCUGCGAUAGGCUGGUAGGCCAGUCUGUUGGUGGGUGUCCGAGCAACAGCGGCAACUGGAAGUUGGCCCUGAACGCAGAGCCCCCGUGGCUUUGCUAGCACCCCCACAGUGAUCUCGUAUUAAUCCGCCUCCCCACGACUCACCCACCUCUCAUUGACAGCUGCCUCUUUGCUGCCCCAGCGCCUAUAGAGUACCCAUCAAACUUUCGACCUCUCAAUUAAGCAAUCAUCAUGAAGGUAACAAAUUUGGACGAACGCAUCCACGUGUUGGACGGUGCGUCGAGUGUUAUGACCGUCAUUAAAGACAUCGCAACCAGCGGUCUGCAAGAAGAAGCUUUCUACGUACUUGACAUCGGAGACAUUGUACACAAACACCAAAUCUGGAAGGAGAGACUCCCACGCGUCGAUCCUUAUUAUGCGGUGAAAUGUAACGACACCUUGACCGUACUCGAAGUUUUGGCAUCCCUUGGUAUUGGAUUCGACUGCGCAUCAAAAUCUGAAAUUAACAAAGUAUUAGGCGUGGGUGUCGACUCCUCGAGGAUCAUCUUCGCGAACCCUGCCAAGCCCGCUUCUCACAUUCGCCAUGCUGCAGCGGUUGGAGUUGACACCAUGACCGUUGACAACGAAAGCGAGCUGCACAAGAUCAAAAAGUUACACCCAGCGGCCAAGAUCGUUCUUCGCAUUCGGUGCGAUGCCGAACUAGCUCAGUGUCAGCUGGGGAUGAAGUUUGGCUGCGACCCUAACUUCGAGGCUCCGAAUCUCCUGCACGUGUCUCGAAUGUUGGAUCUAGAUGUUGUGGGAGUGAGCUUCCACGUAGGGUCUGGUUGUCAAGACCCUCCGGUAUUCAAGAGAGCCAUUUGCCAUGCUAAGAUGCUCUUCGAUCUGGCUACCGAGUUAGGCUUCAAGCCUUACCUGCUCGAUCUCGGAGGUGGCUACCCUGGUAACAAAGGCACUAGCAUCGAUAAAAUGGCCGAUGUCAUCAACAAGGCUAUCGACGAAUACUUUCCGACCGAUGACGUCCACAUCAUUGCCGAACCCGGCCGCUUCUACGUAGCUUCUGCUUUCACCCUGGCAACUAGUAUUCACAGCAAACGUUCGGUACGCAGCGACGAGAAAUCGCCAUCUACCAUUACGCACAACAUGUACUACAUCAACGACGGUGUUUACGGUUCUUUUAACUGCCUUCUCUACGAUCAUCAGCACGUUACGCCUAUUCCACUCAAGAGUGGCUGCGGCAAGAUGAUUCCCUCGAGCAUUUGGGGACCGACUUGUGACGGUCUGGAUCAAGUUGUCGAUAACAUUCUGCUUCACGAAAUGGAUCUCGGAGAGUGGAUUAUCUUUGAAAACAUGGGAGCCUACACUCUACCGGUUGCUUCUCCAUUCAACGGAUUUCCGGUGCCAAAGGUCCACGUUGUAGCAGAUGAAGCAGUUUGGCUCUUGCUCAAAGACGCGCUACCUCUGACGGAGGACCACUUCGUGAUUGGCAACACUCCAGCCAAUUUGCGUCUUGGCUUGGAUAUCGGAGGUUCUAAGAUCGACGGAUGGGCCAAUCCUGGCAUCGAGCUAGUGCCCACACAGGAAAUCCUGUCAAAUCCCACCGAUUCGUCUCCGCCCUUCAUCUAUGACUACGUGGAGGUUGAGCCGUUAAACUGAGUCACAGAAGUCUCGAUCGACUUUGGAAAGCCCAUCGCAAGGAGGUGUGUUCGUUACAGCUAGCGACAAGUUCCGAGAGAGACGGUCCAAUCAUUCUAUAAUUAUAAUUUGGUAAUUAAUCCAUAAUUUAUCUAAUUGCAUUAUCGGUUGGGAUCAAGUUCCCCUCAACGUUAACUGAGCAUCUGAUUAACGAUCGCCUAUCGGUCGGCAACGGAAGUAUUUCAGGAUUACGGAGAUAUUAUGGUCUAAUUACUUAAUUACAAUUCCAGUUAGAUCGCAUUUUUUUUUUAUACCGUUCCGAGCCAUUUCAAUGAUCGUGGAAUCUUUUUAUAACCCUUUCUCAAUAGAUUCCCUUCAGUCUGGGAGUUGUUCAUGUUGUCGACUAUCUGGUAUAGCGACAUUGAUUCUGCACUGGCAGAGAGUACUUUAUCAGGGUUUGCACGAUCAUUGAUGUAAUUGUCAUCGAUCAAUUACUCAGCAAAGCCGAGAACACCUCCUUGCGAUGUAUCAGGGCAAAUCGAACGACCAUUCCUUUAAUUGAAUGUGGGUGGACAACGAAUUCCAAUUUCUUGAUUAAAAAAAAAAAGGAAAAAAAAGAAUCAUAUUUAGCCAGGCAGCAAAUCGGGCCACGAUAUAUACAGCAGAUUAUGUGUCAAAGAAGAAAUGAAAAAUAGUAAUAUGAGCAGUGUCGUAGCGAUUCAACUCUAUAGUUUUGUACCAGACUUUAGACGGCGAUAUUAAUCCGUUGCUUUGACAUUUUCAAGCACGACAGAAGUAAAGUAACGAAAACGUAGGGAACGCAUCGCGGCGUGAGGCAAUUCGAAAUAUCCCAAGGUAUUAAUUUAGAGCCGGCGAAUAUUCCGAUUAACCUAGGAAAGGGUUUUAAAUCCGUCGAAAUUUUCAGUAGGUGCUUCGAUAAGUUUCAUACGCGACAGACAAUUCUAACGGAGAACAAUUAUAAAAGCGCACAGUAAAAUGUGAAAUAUCUCAAAUUACCUUUACACAGUAACGCGUCGUUUAUAUUGAUAUACUUCUAUGGAUCAAGCAUAUAUUAUAUACAUUGCUUUUAAUACAUUUAUUCUGGUAUCUGUCGAGCGUUCUAACUGCACGAGAAUUUGACUAAUCGGGAUGUUUACUCUGUCGUGUCGAGUGGAUCUUAAAGAUUUAAACGCCGGUGGCCAAUUUAUUACGAACGACUCGAUCUAAUGUUGAUUAACGAUACGAAAUACUGUUCAUGAGCAGCUUUCGAUUGAACAUUACGACUUGUCACGAGUCGUGGCUCGAUCUCUAUUUCAGUAGUGAUGACGUAAGGAUUUUCUAUCGAAAUUCUUUAGCUCUCCUUUCGGAGCUUGUAUACAGCUCUUAUGGUUUCCUCCCGAAGACAUUUAUCAUUUAUCGGUCGAUUGUGCUUUCAAAGGAUUUGGUUUCGGUGUAGCCGCAUUGCGCGGACGAUAAUUAAACCUAGAUAUUAAAAUGCAUUAUCAACGAAGCGGCGGAAAUAAGGGCAAAGUCGCCUUCGACAGUGUACGUAGCCAAUGCGUGGUGCGCAUACAAUUGCUAUGUGUUUCUUUUGAAUUCUUAUUUACUUGGAUCGUACUUAUGUGUAAUUUCUAUUUCUUUUUUUUUUUUCUCUCUCCGUCAAGCCAAAAGGUUAACUCUAUAGGAGUGCUAGGGAUUUUAAGGCAUUGAGGCAGCUGUCACAAACAAAAAGAACGAUUAGUUUCUUAUUAAUUAUUACUACCCCUCCCCUUGAACUUGUAUUAUACGUCGGCUAUUAUUAUUAUAAUUGUUAAUUAUUAUAUUUCACGUGUGUAGAGAUGCACAUUAGGUCAAUAAAUAUACUUCCACGUGUA